GGCAGGGAAAUGGAGACAGGUCCUCGGAAGCCUCUUUCCAGAAAAUCUAAUUACAUCAUUGAGAAAUCUUCUGUCUUAAGCAGCCUCCUCCACCGCCAUAAAUUUACAUAUUCUAUACGCCUUCGCUGGAACACUGUGGGCCCCAUUUGCAUAAUGUUGCUGGAGGGGCCUGCGCUUCUCUUGAACCCGAAUGCAAUGGGAGCGAGGAAGCAAUUAUUAAGCUGUAGACAUUGGCAGGGAGAGAGGCCUCAGAUGGAUUUCAACUCCAAACCUCCCUCACUGCCCGGGCUGCUCAUUACCCACGGCCUGGAUCCCAGGCGGAUGGAGGAUCCGAGGGCCAGGAAGUCGGGCAUGCUUUCUUCGGGUUACGUCUCACGCCGGGCCCGGGCCCAACGUGGGUGAACAGCUGUGGUUUUCUAGUGCUGAUUGUGGG